GGCUCAGGGGCGGGGCCGGGCCAUGCGGGGCGCUGGCGCGCCCGGCCGCCCGCUGGCAGCGCGGGCCGGCCAUGGCGCCGGCGCCCACCGUCGCGCCCUGGCCCAAGGGCGCCGCGGGGGCCAGGGCCCCCGCGAAGGCGCAGCCCGAGGCCCUGGCCGCCUUGCCGGGCCAGGAGGAGGAGGAGGAGCCCUCCUUCGCCAACCCCUUCUUUGCGCGUGACGGCGAGGGGCCCGACGGCGGGUGGCCUGGAGCGGACGAGGGCGAGGCCGCGGAGCCCGACGAGGAGGCCGCCCCGCCGAGAGGCGCCCCGGGGCCGAGGGGCUCCGUCGGGCUCGAGGCGGACGGCGGCGCGGCGGCGCUGGAGGCGAAGGCAGCGGCGGGGCCCCCGACGCUGCUGCGGCCCAAGGGCAAGGCCCUCCCGACCGGCGAGGCCUUCGGCCCGCCGGAGGCGGGCAGCAAGGCGAGUGCGCUGGCGCUGAUGAGCGGCAAGGCUGCCCCCGCCAAGUCGCCCGUGCUCUCCAAGGGCGCGGGCGCCCCGAAGCCGCCGACGGGGCCGCCCUCCUUGCUGGUGGGGAAGGUGGCGCCGCUCAAGACUCUCUCGAAGGCGGCAUCGGUGCCACCGAAGGGCGCCGCUGGGGCCAGCGGGCCGGCCGGGCCCCCGGCGAAGACGUGGGGCAAGGCCCCCCCGAAGGCGCACCUCAAGGGAUGGGCGAAAGGCGGCGCCGCACCAGAGGCGGAAGAAGAAGAGGCUGCCGGCGAAGAAGAGGAGGAGGAGGAGCAGCAGUACCCCCCCGGCCUCGCCGGCAAGGGGUACAAGAAAGGGUGCUCGAAGGGCGGUGCCGCCGGGAAGGGUGCAUCAGAGCCUCCAGCAGCUAAGCUCUGGGGAAAGGCGCCCCCGACGAGCAAGGCAGCCGAGGGCCUCGCGGUGGCUCCGCGAGGAGCCCCGAAGGGGCGCGCAAAGGGCGCCACGCAGCCGGAGGAGUGGGCGGAAGAGGGGGAGAAGGAGCCCGGCAAAGGGCCCAAGGGGCACCCGAAGGGGUACGCGAAGGGCGGUGCCGGGAAGGAGGCGGCCUGGGAGGGAGAGGGCGGGUCCUGGGACUGGCCGCAGCCGUGGGACGAGUCCCCGGCGGCUGGGCUGUGGCCCUCGAGGCCAGGGGCGGCGGGCUACGGCGGGAAGGGCGCCUGGAAGGAUGCGUCCUGGGCAGGAGGGGAGCAGCCCGCGCCCCCCUGGGGCUGGGAGCAGCCGUGGGGCGAGGCUCCGGCGGCGGGGGCGUGGCCCUCCCAGCCCGGCGCGGCGGGCUACGGCGGCAAGGGCGCCGGGAAGCAUGCGGCCUGGGAGGGGGAAGCCUGGGAUUGGGAUUGGGCGCAGCCGUGGGGCGGCGCCUCGGCGGAGGAGGGCUGGCCUUCAGCCGCGGGCUGCGCCGGCAAGGGCUACCCGAAGGGGUACCCGAAGGGCGGCGCUGGAAAGGAGGGCGCCUGGGGAGGAGACGAAGACUACGGGGGCCCCUGGGGCUGGGCGCCGCCGUGCGGUUCCUGGCCCUCCAAGGGUCAUCCAAAGGGCGGAGCUGGAGAGGAGGGCUGGGGAAUGGAGGUUGACGAUGGGUGGUCUGCUGAGCCAUGGCAGGAGCCAUGGACAUCUCAGGCGAAGGGCUACGCUGGCUAUGGGUCAAAAGGGCAUGCGAAGGGCGACGCUGGCGAGGAUGACUGGAGUAUGGAGGUCGACAAUAGAGGUCCUUCAAGCAAAGGCUGGGGCAAGUCACACAAGGAUAAGGGAGACGCUGAGAGCGGCAGGAAGAAUGCCGCAGCCGCGGGUGACACCUGGGGUGCUACAGCGAAAGGCGAGGUUGAGGGCAUCGAUGCAAAAGGUGCUGCUGCCAAGGGCGAUGCCAAGGGCGCCUCGGGAAAGGGCGAUGCCACGAAGGGCGACGCCAAGGGCGCCGACUGCAAGGGUGGUGUCAAGGGCGCCGAGGGCAAAGACGCAGCCACGAAGGGCGAUGCCAAGGGCGCUUGGGGCAAGGGCGACGCCAAGGGGGGCUCCUACAAGGGCGCUGCCGCCAAGGGUUAUGCCAAGGGGGCCACAGGUGAAGACGACGAGGCGCAUGAUAUUGAAGCCGAAGGCGCUCCAGCACAGGACCAUGGCAAGGGCAAUGCCAAGGGCGUUUUCUCGAAGGGCGGCUUCAAGACUGCUGCCCAGAAAGGCGACACAAAGGGUGCUACGGACAAAGGUGCUGACAAGGGUCUUGCCACGAAAGAUACUUUUGCCAAGGGCGACGUGGCAAAGGGCGAGGGCAAGGGCUCGGAGGUCAAGGGCGCUCCCUCCAAGGGCGAUGGCAAGGGGGGCAACGACAAGGGUGCUUCCGCCAAGGAUGAUGCCAAGGGCGCCUCCGGAAAGGGCGCUGCCACGAAGGGCGCCGACUGCAAGGGCGGUGUCAAGGGCGCCGAGGGCAAAGACGCAACCACGAAGGGCGAUGCCAAGGGAAUUUGGGGCAAGGGCGACGCCAAGGGGGGCUCCUACAAGGGCGCUGCCGCCAAGGGUUAUGCCAAGGGGGCCACAGGUGAAGACGACGAGGCGCAUGAGAUUGAAGCCGAAGGCGCUCCAGCAAAGGGAACUGGCAAAGGCAAUGCCAAGGGCGUUUUCUCGAAGGGCGACUUCAAGAAUGCCGCCCAGAAAGGCGACACAGAGGGUGCUACGGACAAGGGUCUCGCCACCAAAGAUGGCUUUGCCAAGGGCGCUGCGGCAAAGGGCGGGAGCAAGGGCUCGGAGUUCAAGGGCACUUCCUGCAAGGGCGAUGCCAAAGGGGGCAACGACAAGGGUGCUUCCACCAAGGGCGAUGCCAAGGGCGAAGGCAAGGGCGCGGAGGCUCAGGGCGGCUUGUUCAAGGACGCUUACUACAAAGAUUCCGGGGCCAAAGGUGCUGCAGACAAGGGCGCUGCCACCAAGGGUGGUGCGCACAAGGGCGAUGCCAAGGGUGAUGGCAAGGGCUCAGAUACCAGGGGACUUGUUUCGACCAAAGGGCACGCCAAGGGUGCGGAGGAGGACGUUGCCAAGGGUGCUGCAGACAAGGGCGACGGAAAGAGGAGCGGCUCGGUGCAUGUGCCGCCCGAGUCGUCGCCUUGGGGCAAAGCGUCGAAGGUCGACACCAGUAAGGGAGCCAAGGGCGCUCGGCACGAGCCGUACGAGUUGUGGGGCAAGAAGGGGCACAAAUCGGGCGAGCAGGCCCACGAGACGGACAGGGCGGCCCAGCCCGAGGCAGAGGCGGCCGCACCAGACGCAGGGCCGCCCCAGAAGAUCCCGCGCCUGGGCGGCCAAGCUGCAGAGGGCCAGGGCGAGACCCACGCCGCGCAGACAAUGGUGAACGUCCACGACAACAUCGCCCAGUUCCUCCAGCUCAAAGAGACGAAUGCCCCCUCCCCGCCUCAGCCUCCACCGGUGCCUGCAGCGCCCAGGCCACAGGUGCCGCAGGUGCCGCCACGGCCGCCCCCCCCAGCGCGGCCGAAGGCGGUGAGCGGCGCUCCCGCUGCGGGCGGCGUGGCAGCCGGAGAGACGCGCAGCAUCGUCGUGAAGCACUUCCCGGCCUCGUGGCUCCUGCCAGCGGCGGCGCACUCGCUGGUGGGCAGGAUAACCGACCUCUUCAAAAAGUUCGGCCCCCUCGAGUCGCAGCCCUUUCUGGAUGCCGGCCCCCCGCCAGCCGCGACGGUGACCUUCCAGCAGGCAUCGGUCGCUGCACUGGCGUCGAAGAAGCUGCACGGAGUGGACAACCGGACCCGCGAGGAGAUCGCAAGGUGCGGGAACCGUGCGGCCAUGGAGCACGAGCGCUUCCACGUGCAGCUGUUGCCCGCAGGCUCGGGGCCCGCGCCGCCGGCGCACGGGCGCGCCCAGCCAGGUGGCGGUGCCGAUCCGGGCCAGCGGGAGGUGCUGGUGUCGAAGGUGCCCGCCGGGGCCACUGAAGAGCAGUUGGCUGGCCUCCUCGCGUCGUUCGGCGCGCUUGAGGAGGUGAAGCUGCUGGUGGAUCCAUCCACGUUGCAGCCCACCAGCAACGGGUACGCCCGGUUUGUGGACGUCUCCCAGGCCCACGCCGUCCUCGCCGCCAGCUUCGCCGGCGCGCUGCCGCACGGGCUCGCGGCCAGCGCGUGGCCGCCCGCCGGCGGCGGGCAGGGCGCCGCCGCGGGGGCGCGGGCCCCGCAGGCGGGCGGCCCGGCGGCGGCAGCUGCGGGGCAGGACCCAGGCGCGGCGCUGAGCGCAGGGCUGCUUACGGUGUCCGGCUUCCCGAGAAGUUGGGGCGAGGCGCAGCUUCAGGCCACGUUUGCGCCGUACGGCGGCAUGGAGGAGGUGAAGAUCAUGGCGGAUCCGAGAACGGGCUCGCGCGUGGCCAGUGUGCGGCUGACGCUGCCGGGGAACGUGCGCUCGGCGGUGGCCAAGGUGCACGGCGCCCAGGUGACCGAUGGCCACGAGCAGUGCACCCUGUACUGCAGUGCAGCCGGGGCUGGUCAGCAGAACGUGCGCGAGCGGAGGGUGGUGUACGUCGACGAGUUGCCGAUGACCGCGCGACCACAGGUCGCCGCGCACCCAGGGGACCGCGAGGUGUUCCUGACAAACCUGCCAGUGGAGCACUACUCGCGGGAUCAGAUCCUGGAGUGGUUCAAGGGGUACGGGGCGAUCGAGGACCUGAACCUGCUUGGCGCCAGCGGGAACUGCUACGUCCGCUACGUCGAGCACGACGCGGCGACGGCGUGGAUCGGGACCCAGGAGGCCGGUGUCACGGCCAACUGGUCCGAGUCCGAGCGCCUGCUGCGCGGCGCCCAUGGCGCCUACGGCUUCGACGCGUCAGCCGUGUUCGACCAGGUCCGUGGCAUGUGCCAGGUGGUCCACGGGCAAGCAAAUGGGCAGCAGCUGCACUUCGUCCAGGACUGCACGGAGGCCGAGUUCGCCUCUCUGCGCGAGGCGCUGGCCUCGACGCUGUCGGCCUUCCACGGGGCCUUCGCCAACGUCGCGCAGACUCCCUCGCACGCGCCAUUGGCGCCGGCUCCUCCGCAGGCUGCCUUCGCCGGCUAUGCGCAGACGGCGACCGGCUGGGGCCAGGCAGAGCCGCAGCGGCAGGCGACGUACAUCUGAGCGCCCCGCGGCCGCCGCGGGGCCCGAGGCGAAGAGGCGGCAGAGCCCCAGCAGACGGAGGCGGCACGAGCUCCGGUUUUGUACCGCCGUGAGCGCCGGUGCGGCGCGGCGCGCGCGGCGCCGGGGAGCCUGCAGGUUGCAGUGGCACCCGGCAGCGGGCGCGCCAGGCAGCGGCACGUCCCCGGGGGCCUCGCAGGUGGGGGGGGGCCUGGACGGCAGCCGCUCGCGAGCUCGGUGGGCCAUCCCUCCCCUGGAUUCAUACCUUCAACCUCCCUAGGACCGCGCGGGCAAAAGCUGGUGUGAUCGCUCCUUCGCCAGGAGCUACCUCUGCUGCUCCUGCUCGUUCUCCCUUCG